AUGACCAACUGCGCCAAUCACGCCUUCUGGCUCGGUAUGACUGAAUCCGGCGGCCUUCUUACAGACAUCGACGGAAAUAACGUCCUCCAUGCUCCCUGGGAUCGUCACUCAAACCAAGAUGUUCCAGAGCCAAACGACGCCACUGGCGAAGAAAGAUGCAUAAGAAUGAAGGGAAAUGUGUACAACGACGCGAAAUGCAGCAGCACGUCUUCCGGCAGAGUUCGCGACAAUGCUGGCAUGGGAUACAUCUGCGAAUACGACGCCACAAAAGUGAUUUCGGAGCUUCAAGCGCCACUGGGCGGUCGACAAGCGUCAGAGUACGUAUCCGAUAACAUGAACACGAACGAGUACCCCGAGUUGGUGACCUUCCGCGGUCGCCAGAAUCGUCACAACUGCUUCAACGGGCAAUUCGCUGGCGCCCGGUCGAGCGGACCCAGUGAAUUCAUCAGAGCAGUUGUUGGCGAGCAGGCAAGAACGAGGACGACAGAAGACUUGGAAGCAUUCCUCGCGGCGGAGCUUGAGGCCGUUACCAGGGUCCGCGGCGGCAGCGCUGGAAUCAGAGUCAACAAUCGACGAAGCAAGCGAAAAGAUCGACUUUAG